AUGUCUGCGUCGUAUGGCAGAACAGGGCAGACGAGGAACGAACCGCCAGGGUGCGUAGUGCUGCCACCAAGCCAGCCUAUGACCGAGGAGCCUGUCUCAUUGCCGCAUACGCCCUCGAGGUCGCCGGUAAGGAUCUUUGGCCGAGGUCUGCUCUCGCUUCCGCAGCAGCCGGGCACAACACCCGUAUUCGUCCCACUCAAUGCAACUACGGACGGGAAUGCGGACACGACACGGAAGUGGACACAAGAAGAUCAGGACCAGACGGACGAGAAGGCGCGGAGGAAGGCAAUGAGCGAGCUGGUGCAGUCUUGGAUGGAUAGGCUGCAGCUCAUAAGCGUCAUCACAACGUUCUUCGCCGCGAUGGAGGCGCAGUUGCUUGGCACCACGAUCCCCGACGACCCAAAGAACGACCCCGUCAUCGACCAGAUCGCGAACGCUGCGCUCACAGGCGCGCUUGUCGUGCACGUCUUCGCGGCCAUCAUCUCCUUCCUCGCUGCCUUCUUCCUUAUCCGAUACAAGCUCACCGCGGCGAAGCGCGAAGAGCACAAGGUCGAGUCUGGGCUCGCAAACGCGGCCACGCCCGUGGAAUCAAGGGAAUCGACCCAGCCCACCUUCCCACCCAUAUUUUCGUCGGACCCCCACUUGGAGCAAGUGGGCCCAUUCCGCCGCGGGCAGCCCCCGACGCAUCUGCUGGAUCACUGUCACUCGCUGUCCAUGUGGCUCGCGGCAGUGGGCUUCGUGCUCGCGCUAGCGGGCGUGCUGUGCUUUACGUGGGCCCGGUUCGCGUUGAGUAGCAGCGUGUUCGCGACGGUGUGCGUAGUCGUAUGUCUGGUGUCGGGCAUCGCCGCGUUCUUCUGGCCGGCAUCGUCUGCGCAUGCCUGA